CGCUCGGGGGCGGGAUCGUUGCGGAUCAAAACUUCUCUCGAUCGACACCUAACUAUAGCCACCACGAUUUGAAAAGUGUGUAAAAUAGAAAAUGAUUGGACAAGUCCUCCUCGCUCUUGCCUUCGCGGCCACUGGCAUUGCCCAGGCUCCCGAGGGCUACCGCACCGUCUACAUCACGUCGAAUGUCGACACCAAGUUCGUCGUCGUCCCCAAGGCGGCCACCAGCGGGAGUGGAGUAGUCGUACAGACCGGUGCCCAGAAGCCAGAGCAGCAGUGGUACCUCACCGACGGCAGCUCCAAGAUCCAACUAGCCAACACCGAGCUGUGUCUUGACGCAGGCGCGAAAUCCGCCUGGAAGGACAUGGCCAACGUGUACGUGAACACGUGUUCCGACACCGCCGAGGGCCAGAAGUGGAACGUCAUGGCCGACGGCCGGAUCGCCGUCGAGGGAUCGACUCCCCAGGAAUGCCUCGACCUCCAGUUCAUGAGGGCGACGGAGAACAACCCCGUCGGCCUGUACAGCUGCGCGGGCCUGGGCAACACUGGCGCGGCGGACAAGGGCAUCAACUGGCCGCUCACUGAGGUUGCGCCUUAAACUUGGGGAUGGAUGUUGCGUCUAGGAGAUUAGGGACAUUUGUGGUGGUAGUUAGGUACCUAGUAGUAGGCAGACUGGUCGAAUCAUGUUUGGCUUUUCUGGGAGUAACUACUGUCAAUUCAAGGUAUACCCAGCUU